AUGGUGUUCAACAAGUCCCUUCUGGCGGCCAUCGCCCUGAUGGCCCAUAUCGCCAACGCCGAAGAAGCUGCCAGAGGGCUUCAGCUCUCUCAGAGCCCUCCCAGAACUGUAACCGGAGAGCAAGGGUGCUACACGGACUUCGGCCGGUCGUGGCGCGGCAGCGUCCCGACGUACUCUCGCCUGUAUUCAUACACCUUCCCCGUCACCGAGUACAUCUAUACUACGCCGACGACCAGCACCGUGACCAUCACGCCGACCAUCUCCGCUGGGUCCGCUGGCACAACUACAUCGACCGUCACCACCACUACACACAUCUCCUCUUUCACCACGGUCACCGUCAGGGCCCCGGCGCGUUUCACGCCCCUCGCGUCCGUCAUCGCCGAAGCGGGCAACGCCCCUGGUCUCCGUGAGUCCGCAGACGAAGCUCACAUGAUAUCGGGAGAUACGGAUUACAGCCUCAGCCUCAGCGUCGACAAGGAUGGCAGAUGCGCAACUAAGCCCUUCCUCUGGCCGCAGGCAGUCGUCUGCGAGAAGGUCGUCCGCGUCUUCACGACCACCACAUCGACAAUCACGGCUACACGGGCCGCCACCACAACCACCAUCCUUCCGGGUCCAACCGCGCAGACUACCGUGACGACGACCACGACGACCACCUCUACAAUUACCGACGUCGCCGCCAACCCCACGCAGACCGUCUACGACGCCUGCCAAACCAACAACCUGCGAGCAUACCACGGCCAGCCGCGGUCAUACUUCGUCGAGGCCGUCCACGACUGGUUCAUCACCCGCGAGGAGCGCCGCACGGGUACCCCCGAGAGUUGCUGCAUCGCAUGCCAGACAACGUCCGACUGCGGCGGCAGCCUGUACCACCUCUUCUCCGGAACGUGCUACAUCUUCAAGAGUAGAGGCAAUCAGAGACAGUGCCAGUCUCCGGGUAAGCUCCGGUCCACGAUGAACAUCACUACUAGUGGCGUUUUCUGGGCCAGCAACGGCGGGUGUGGAUCGUGGAGGAUUUCGAACGAGGAGCCGGGGUCGUCUACGUGA